UUUACGCGUUUCUAGUAAAGUACAACGUGCCAGUCAGCAUUUUAGAUCAAUUAACAACAACAAAUUUCCAAUGUUUAUAAUAUUUUUUUGCAGAACUUUAGCCGGCGAAGUGAUUUCUGUUGUUAGUUAUGCUGAUGGGGCAAUUGAGCGAAAAAAAACUUUCAAGCCACCUAAGUAGUGCUGUCAUAGUGCUGUUAAAUAUUGCAUGUACAGUAAUAAUAAGGGAAAUUUGUGGUUUAGGUCCCUCAAACAUUUGCUUUAACGCGAAUAUUGCAAUGAGCGGAAAGUGAAUUUUUUCAGAAGUUUAUGUACAGUGGCUCAAAGCCAAAGUGAUGAAAUCAUAUAGAAGUGUACUAAAGAAAACAUUAUGAUAGCUAAUUUCAUUUUCUAAAAAUUAGAAACGGCACUUAACACAUUUAUUUUCUGCUUUAAAAAAAUUAGAUUUUGUAGUUAUUUUAUUUAAUCAAUAACAAAAGCAAUUGUAGUUCAAUUCAAAUGCACCUCACAGCGAAAAUAAUGCAGUAACAAACCCAAAAACACUCUUUUGAUGGACAUAAGCAAAAUUUUAGUUCGAGUAAAACCUUGUGAGAUACUCCUUACUAUCUAUAACUGCUUUCAUACGUUUUGGCUUGAUUUCCAGCGAUUUCUUUUUUUUUAGCUGGGAGCAAUUUGGUUUCAUUCUGUUUGCAAAGCGUUUUUCAAGCGGCUUUAUUUCGAAUCUAUCAAUCAAAACUGACCACAGAUUCUCAAUCGCAUUAAAGUGUAGAGAUAGUGUUGGUGUUUGUACUACUUAUGUGCGGACAGUCUCAAAUAAGCCAAUUUUUCACAACUUAUUUGUGUUUCGGAUCAUUAUACGAGUAUAUUAUAUCAAAUAUUUAAUUUCGCGCCACUUUGUAUUUCAAUAUCAAAAUGCUCAGAAACUCACUCUUGAUCAUAAUAUAUUCUAUCGAUAAAUUCCAUAUUCCCGACUGCAGAAGAUGACAUGCAUCCCCAGACCAUUACAUGUCCUCUACCAUGUUUACGUUGCCGAUUUCUUUUUUAUUCGGUAUACGAAUAUGUUUUAAUAAAUAAUUUUAGCGUUUUUUUUUUUUUUUUUAAUUUUACAAGCUUUAACAUACUGAUUAGAUAAAUCAAUAAAUUAAAAACAUUUUUUUAUUUCGCAAUCAAGAACUUUUAUUAAGCGCUUCCUCAUUGCGUUGCUGCAUUUUUUUUAGUUGUGAGACACUAUAGAUGUAGUUGUUAGCUGUAAUUCCAGUGAAUAUUGAGAUAAAUCCGGAUUUUAUCAGAAAAACCGAUUAUUUUGAAAACUGCUUCGCACUCUCACACCUUGGCCGGGGUGUUCAUAAUUCAUUCGCGCCCUUUUCGGCUUGUCUAAGAACUAUGAACAUCCCGGUGUAGAAUGGGCCAGGAUUAUUAGAAAAGGAAUUCUAUGCGAAAAACUAAUAAAGAAUGAUUUUGGUGUAGAUUGGAGAAAGAGCAAUUUCAAGUAUGGCACUUUUACAGAGGUCUCAUAGCGCGUAACUAAAUACAAGAGCGAUCUUAAAGUUACUAAGACAACUUUUUGUUUACUCUUAGAGGUUCAGGAAUGUUCGAUUGAAAGCUGCGAUAACUACAAAUAAAGAAUUUCAGUUAGUUUAUUACCAGGCACAGACUUCAACCCCCCACCAAAGUUGCCAAGAAGGAAAGUUAAGUAACUAGAAAUGGCCACGAGUUCUUCCCAAACACUUGCUCUUCAGAGAAAUUCCUGGGAGCAGAACCGUUUCAUGGAGAAAUUAAUGACGAAAAUAUUUAACUUCUACGACGAGCAGACUUUGAUCGAUGUGACUUUUAAAGUUUCAAAUCCAACGGCUCUUGUACCCGCGCAUCGUUUGAUACUCGCAGCAGCAAGUCCUUACUUCGAGAACCUUUUUAAUGGCAAUCAAGGCACUAAUCCAGUCAUCGAGAUAAAUGAUAUCGACAGCGAUACUUUUGAGCGUCUAAUAACCUUUUGUUACACCGGACAGGCCCUCAUUACCGUUAACACUGUCGCUGCCAUGCUAAAUGCCGCAAUCGUUUUGAAAUUGGAUGAUGCCAUAACCAGUAGUGUGGACUACCUCAUGACUCAUAUCAAUGAAUACACUUUACAGGGUGCUUAUACGCUGGAGCGUGAAACGCAAUGUGAAGUUCUUAGGCAGAAAAUCAUCGAGUACGAGACACAGAAUUUCAUGGAGAUUAGCCGAAGCGAUGAGUUUUUGAAUUUUGAUGUAGAAAAAUUGCAACGUAUUCUAGUAUCUGACAAUUUGAAUAUAACCCGUGAGGAAGACGCCUACGAUGCCAUACAACGCUGGUACAAUCACGAUGUUCCUGCGCGUCAAGAGCAACUGCCACUUUUAAUAGCUUGUCUUCGUCUUACCCUAUCCAAUGUAAAUUUUCUGAUGACACAAAUUCUGCCGUUACCUGGAUGUGAGCUACUGGCCCUCAGAGCGUUAUCGUGGAUCAGAGAGCCUACAGCACGGCCAAUAAUAAAUAUGCGAUUUACAGAACCACGUGGGAUCAGUACUACAAAUUGUGGUGACAAAACAAUUCUUGCCGUUUGCUCAGAGCUGACUCCCAAGCUGCUGCGAUAUUACAAAACUGAGAAUAAGUGGCAGGAAUAUGAGAGUAUAAAAUUCGAUUACCAAUGUUAUGGAACUAUUUUAAAGGAUGAUAAUUUAUUAUUUAUUGGCGGUUUUAACAUUGGUUGCAUAUCAUAUAACAUCGUCCGUUGCUGGAACAUACGAAAUAAGACAUGGUAUAAUUUGCAAGACAUGGUCCAAGCAAGAAGGAAUCACUGCGUUGUCGAAUUAAAUGGUAAAAUCUACGCGAUUGGUGGUUAUGAUGGUAAAAAUGUUCUGUCGUCGGUGGAAAGAUAUACGAUCUCCGUUGGUUGGAAGUUCGUCAACAGUUUAAUUGUUGGACGAUUUGACGCAGGUGCAGUUACCUUUAAUGGUAAAAUUUUCAUAAUGGGCGGUAAUAAUGGCAGUGGGGAUUUAAAAUCCGUCGAAUGCUACAAUCCGGAUUCGAAUACUUGGACUUCUUGCGCGGAUAUGAAAAUAUGUCACAGUUCACCUGGUGUAACUGCACAUAAAGGUCACAUUUAUGUUUUAAGCCGUAGCGGUGCUGAACGUUACGAUCCUCAGCAAGACACGUGGUCACAGAUUUGCUAUUUGGAAGUUGGCUAUGGUUUGAUGACUUGCGUAUCGCUAGACAAUAAACUAUGGGCCAUUGGUGGCUGGUCUAAAUCUGCUGACAAGCCAUCUGUAUCAGUCCUUGAUGAAGAAAAUUCCUGUUGGGUAGAAAGGUGCUCAUUACCCAGACGUAAUGUGUGUAACUGUUUUGUUGUGCCUGAAUCCAUGCUGUCGUCGAUGUGAAUAAAUUAUUUAAUUAUAGUUCCGUUUUUCGAUUAAACAAAUUCUUUUAAAAUAAAUUAUCUUUUAAAAAUAAUAUGAAACUU